UUAAAUCUCUGCACCCUGGCCAGUUCUUCUGACUACUGUUGAGUAUCCACUUCAUAUCUGAGAAGAAAUCCGAAAUGUCUCCAACCAAGUCAGCUCAAACUGCUCGGAAAUCAACCGGCGGUAAAUUCCCCAAGAAGCGGCUGGGCACCCUGCCUGAUAGAAAACCAGCAAACCCACCUCAGGUUGGUGCCCCAAGAACCUCUGUGAUGGCACCACCACCGCCCCAAGCCACAUUUUUGAGGGGAGGUUUAGUAAGCCCUGUGAAUCUCAGAGCUGAGCUCUCCCAGCAUUGUGCUUCUGUUGGCACAUAUAUGGACUGGUCCGAUGCCACUAUCCAGAAUUUAACGAAAGAGCGAGACCUGGCCUUUAAGGAGAAAGACCUGGUCUCCAAGGAGCGAGACUUGGCUUAUAAGGAGCGAGAUUUGACCUUGAAGGAGUUAAGGGAGGUUCAAAAGGACUUGUCCAAGUGCCAAUCUGAGUUGGAGCAGAGCCAGAAGAGCUUGGAACUAUGCAAGAACCAAUUUGAGGUUGAGAAGAGAAAGUUGACUGAAGAUUUGAUGCAGGACUUCCAAGAACAACUCUUUAUGACAGAGAGCCAGCAGUACAGUGUUGGGUACAGUGAUUGCUCCAAGGGCAGAUGCCACAGGCUUGGAUGGACUUCGGAGCAGGUUGAAGUGUUUGCUGAUGAGCUCUACUUCAGUGACAUGGAGGAAGAAGAAGCCUGAACAAGACUAGCAUAUAAUUUGGUGAUUGCUAAUCUUAUUCGCAAUUUCGAUGUCAAUCAAAACUUUUAUCUUUGUACAGACGCAUCGGCACUGUAUGCCUAUAUUCAUGAAUUAAUAAAGUUACAGAAUUUGAUCUUCA